ACAGUGUCAUCAACCUCAAAUGAAACACAGCCAGAAGUAGAUGCAGUUCUUGCUAUUGAUGAAGAUGACUGCGGAACUAUAUACGCUCACAAGAAUCUUCUGGCAGCUGGAUCCGCAUAUUUUCGCAAGCUUUUCUACGGCUCGAAGCUAGAAGCUGCUGCAAAUGAAACUGCCAACAUGGCAGGCGGGGGCGAG